AACGUGAAAGUAAAAGGAGUUGAGUUGAGUUGAGUAUGGUUUACGCAGAGAAACAUAACAAAAGUGUCGUCUUAUUUAUUCUUCCUUGGUGUCAGACUCAUUACUAUAAAAACACACACUUUGCACUCUUCUCCAUACCAUACCUCAUUCAAUCUAAUAAUAAUAAUAAUAAUUCAUCAAUAAUAACAUCCUUUUUCUUCACUUUUCUUUCUUUCUUUCUUUAUUCUAAUUCUCUACUGUAUCCUUUCUUCCCCCUUUCCUUUCCUUUCCUUUCCUUUCCUUUCCUCCGCUACAUACUACUACUACUUUUUAAUUAAUUAAUUAAUUAAUUAAUUAAUGGGAUUAUAGUAAACAAGAAACGAAAACCACUUUACUUGAACUGUCUGUCUUCCCCACAGUCACACACACACACACACACACGAAGAAGAUGAAUUUUGUUAAGAAGAAUGGUGAAGUGAGAUUGCCUCCAGGGUUCCGUUUCCACCCAACAGAUGAAGAACUUGUUGUUGAAUACUUGAAGCGUAAGGUCUUGUCUUUACCUUUACCCGCUUCCAUCAUUCCUGAGGUUGAUCUUUGCAAGUCUGAUCCAUGGGAUUUACCAGGUGAUUUGGAACAAGAGAGAUACUUUUUCAGUACUAAAGAACCCAAAUACCCAAAUGGUAAUCGAUCCAACAGAGCUACUAACUCUGGUUACUGGAAAGCAACUGGUUUGGACAAACAUAUCUCCAAUGUUGGGGGGGGAAUCAAGAAGACUCUUGUUUUCUACAAAGGCAAACCACCUCAUGGUUCAAGAACUGAUUGGAUCAUGCACGAAUAUCGUCUCACUCCCUCCAACUACUCUAACUCUAACCCCAUGAAUGAAAAUUGGGUUCUUUGUCGCAUAUUUCUCAAGAGAAGAGGUGGUUCUAAUUCUAAAAAUGGAGAGGACAGUAGUAGUACUAUCCCAAGUCUGUUGUUGGGAGUCAAACCCAAAGGAGGCCAGGAGGUGGAGGUGAACAACAACAACAACUCAAGUUCAAAGGUGUUGGUUUUCUAUGACUUUUUGGCACAGAACAACAACAACAACACUACUGAUGCCUACUACUCCUCCUCCUCCUCAAUCUCACCAGCUACAAGUGGUAUCACUGAUGAAUUGGGUGAACAUGAAAAUGAAGACAGUAGUAGCUCAUUCACAAUCCUCCCAUCUUGUCUUACAAAUAAACAACCUUAACAAACAAACAAACAACCACCACAGUUUCAUGCUUAAUAAUCCCCCUUUUCCCUUCAUUUCUUUAAUUCUCUGUCUAUUAUUAUUAUUAAUUAAUUAAUUAGGUCUAUCAAUCAAUCAUGUAAGUAGUAGUAGUAGUAAUUAUCUCAUCUCAUCUCAUCUCAAUUGUUAAGUGUAGUACCAAAUGAGGUCGGCAUUAAUUCAGAUAAUAAGAGUUAGUCUCAUUUGAGCUCUCAAACUCAAAAGAGUAUGUAUGGUAUGGUAGUAGUACUAAUUUCUACCAUGUAGUAAGUAAGUAGUAAUGGAUCAAAUUCUUUAUUUUCAGACA